AACUACAAAGGAGGAAAAAGCAAAAAAAGACAAAAGGGAAACAUUAAAGAUAACAUGCCAACAGUGUGGUUCAAUCUGAAGAGGUCUCUACACUGCAAAUCUGAGCCUUCUGAUGUUCAUGAUCCAAAAUCAAGGAAGCAUUUAAGCACAAUCUUGACCAAAAGAGGAGGAAGGUCAGGUUGUUCAAGGUCCAUAGCAAAUCUCAAAGAUGUCAUCCAUGGAAGCAAAAGGCAUAUUGAUAAGCCACCAAGUUGCAGUCCAAGAUCCAUAGGGAGCAGUGAGUUCCUCAACCCUAUAACUCAUGAAGUGAUUUUGAGUAACUCAAGGUGUGAGCUGAAAAUCACUGGAUAUGGAGGAUUCCAAGAAGGGGUUGGCAGUGGUGGUGGUGGUAACAGUAAUGGCGGUUCAACCUUUGUGGGUACUUUGAGGCCUGGGACUCCGGGCCCUGGAGGGCACCCUACAAUGCACUACUUUAACCCCUCUUUUAGGACUUCAUCCACUCCUCCAAGGAGAUCUCCUUUCCUUUUAUCAGAUAAAGAAGGGUCUGGUUUUCAUGGUGUUGGAAUUCAUUCAAGCAAUAGGUUGUCUCUUGAGACAGAUUCUAAUGGGUCUUCAACUAUGACUUGUCACAAAUGUGGAGAACAAUUUAGCAAAUGGGAAGCUGCUGAAGCUCAUCAUCAGUCCAAGCAUGCUGUUACUGAGCUUGUGGAAGGGGAUUCAUCAAGGAAAAUAGUGGAGAUCAUAUGCAGGACAAGCUGGUUAAAGUCUGAAAACCACUGUGGUCGAAUUGAGAGAGUUUUGAAGGUUCACAACAUGCAAAGGACUCUGGCUAGAUUCGAAGAGCAUAGGGAGAUGGUGAAAAUCAAAGCCAGCAAGCUUCAGAAGAAGCAUCCUAGGUGUUUGGCUGAUGGGAAUGAGCUUUUGAGGUUCUAUGGAACCACUGUUGUAUGCUCUCUUGGUCUCAAUGGCUCAUCUAGUCUUUGCCUAUCUGAAAAAUGUUGUGUUUGUAGAAUUAUCAGAAAUGGUUUUUCCACCAAGAAGGAGCUCAAGGGUGGCAUAGGUGUAUUCACAACAUCAACAAGUGGUAGAGCUUUUGAGUCUAUAGAAAUUGUUGGUGAUGAUCCAUCAUUGAGAAAAGCAUUGAUAGUCUGCAGAGUAAUUGCUGGAAGGGUUCAUAAGCCAUUGGAGAACAUUCAGGAAAUGGCAGCUCAAACAGGAUUUGACUCAUUGGCUGGGAAAGUAGGUCUUUAUUCAAAUAUUGAGGAGCUUUAUUUGCUUAAUCCUAGAGCUCUUCUUCCUUGCUUUGUGGUAAUUUGCAAACCAUGAACCAAAAGGAUCAAAGUCAAAAUGCCUUACAUAAUGUGUAGCUUUAUGGAUCCCCCUAUUUUGGUCUUUCCAUGGAGGUUCUUUGCCCUUCAUCUUUUGAAGGUUUUUGAUUCUUUUCUCCAUAGACAAUCAUGCUUCUUCAUGUUUAUUGUAUGAACCUCCUAUUCAUACAUUUGUAUUUUUUUUUUAAUGGAACUGAAAUAUUUUACAUCUGCACCAGGCUA